ACACAACAACACACUGGCUGCUAGUUCCCUUUCAGUGGGGAUUUCAGGCGCUGGGCAUGAACACACCGACCGGGUCCCUAUCGGUGUCGACAGAGAUGAUGCACGCCGAUGUGUAUAGUCUUUUAAAGCCCACGGAAAUGACCGAAUAGUGUUUAUAUUUAGGAUAAAGAAGGAAAACGGGACGCAUUGGGAACGUGUGCUGUGGAGUCUGCUUCUGUUCACAUAGAUUUGAGCAGAGCUAAUGGGGAGAUCACGCAGUGGGACACAAAGCUAAAGCGCUCAAGACCAGACCGUCUACUUCCCUCGUGCCCGGCGACUCCGUGCUGUCGUGUUGGAUGCAGCUUAACAAGCAGAAGAAGAGAAGGAAAGGAUUUCUCUCGCUCCAGCGGACUAGAUUGUUUAUAGUAUGAUGAAAAAGUGAACUUGAAUACUUCCACAAACCAAAGAAACACGUGAGAGAAACACACAGAGAUAUUUUGUGGGAGACAUCAAACGCCAUCGUUUCCCUUGUGGCGUGGUCGGUCUGGAAGGAAAACGGGCCUCCUGCAGGAUGACCAGUCUUUUCCGACGCAGCAGCAGUAAUGGAGGGUCUCGGGGUGGCGGUGGCUCGGCUGCAGGCGAGCUCAACAACUCUAGGCCCAACCGGCAGGUUCGACGGCUGGAGUUCAACCAAGCUAUGGAGGACUUCAAAACCAUGUUCCCUACCAUGGACUAUGAGGUGAUCGAAUGUGUACUGCGCUCCAAUAACGGUGCUGUGGACGCCACCAUCGACCAGCUCCUGCAGAUGAGCAUUGACGGGCAAGGCUCAGAUGACAGCUCAGAUUCAGAUGACAGCAUCCCGCCAGAGAUUCUUGAACGGACUCUCGAGCCAGACAGCUCAGAUGAAGAGCCGCCGCCUGUCUAUUCACCACCAACAUAUGACAUGCACAUAUAUGACCGGAAAUACCCUGAAGCUCCUCCUGUUCCUCCACCCAGAUUCGAGGCCCAGCCUCCCCCUGGACACAGGCAAGUACAAGGUUACAAAAACUGGAACCCUCCAUUACUUGGCAAUCUGCCAGACGACUUCCUGCGAAUCCUGCCUCAGCAGUUAGACAGUAUACAGGGCUCUCAGAGUAGCACCUCCAACCCUUCCUCCACCACCUCCUCGUCCGCCUCAGUAGCCCAGAAAGUGGUAGCUGCAGCAGAAACAGCCGCCGGGGCUUCAGAACAGGAGCGCAAACUAAAGCAAUAUUUGGAAGAUGAACGUAUUGCUCUCUUCCUGCAAAACGAGGAGUUCAUGAAGGAGCUGCAGAGGAACCGCGAGUUCCUUAUUGCGUUGGAAAGAGAUCGAUUGAAAUACGAGUCAAAGAAAUCCAAAUCCAGUCAUUCAUCAGCUAGCAUGGAGAACUCCUCAGGUGACCACUAUGCUUCUGGAUCUGUGGAGGCCAGCACAGAUGACGCUCUCUUCAGAGACAAGCUUAAGCACAUGGGCAAAUCAACCAGGAAGAAGCUUUUUGAAAUUGCCAGAGGUUUCUCAGAGAAGACGAAGCGGAGGAAGUCUAAAAGAAGAACGCUGCUAAGACAUCAUUCAUUGGGCACAGCCAACUCCACUGCCAACCUUCUAGACGAUGUAGAAGGAAACCCAUGUGAUGAAGAACGUCAGCUCAGACGAUUGGCUGCACAGGAAGAGGAGGAGCCACAAAAGGAACCACUAUCAUGAUCCCUCAGUGCUGUUGGGUAAUUAGGUUUUCCAUGAUGACCUGAGAAUGACCCAUGGCUGAGUGCUUCUUCUGUCAGUGGCUCCGGUGCUUCGCUCAAUGCCAAGCAAGACUCCCAGAUUCCAGAGGAACAGCCGAGGCAGGACUGACCGUAUGAUCAUUUUGUAGCAGCCUUUUUGCGAGCCUAAGAUUAUUGUUACCUACAUUUGAUUACUAUUAAAAUUAUUGUAUUGUAACUGUUUGUUAAUAUUUGGUUUCAUAUGUAAAGCUCAACAGCUAUUGUACUGAUUUCCAGGUAUCUACCUUUUCGUUUGUAUCCCCAAUUAGCUGAAAGGAAAUUCCCUUUUAUGUUUUUCAAAUGUAUCAUUUAACUGAGGAGUUUCUUUUCCCAUUUAUGUUGGUUUUGACUUGACUUUGUCACAAUGUUUGGAGUUUUAUUUUUGGGGUUUAUUAUCGUGUCGACAGAUGACGAAUAACGGUCAGUUGUUUCACUGCAUUAGUAUGUAACGUUUUCCUGAUUUAUUAAUGAACUCUUGGCAAUUUUUAGGAGUCUAAUCUGCACAUUAAACAUAAACCGUGUUUCCUCAAUGAAUGUACCCAGGUCACCGCAUUCAUUACUCAAACUAUUUCUCCUUUUUUAUCAUUGUUUUUAAAGGAAUAGUUCACCCAAAAAAAUGUCUUUGCUGUUAAAAAGGUACUUUUGUUCCUCAGAACAAAAAAGAGCAUUUUUAGCUGAAACUGGUCUUUUGGGGCAGCUGGUGGCUCAGUGGUUAGCACUGUCGCCUCAUAGCAAAAAGGCUGCUGUUUCAAGUUCUGGCUAGGCCAGUUGACUUUUCUGUGUGUAGUUUGAAUGUUCUCCCCAUGUUCAUGUGGGUUUCUUCCAGGUGCUCCAGUUUCCCCACAUUCCAAAGACAUGCGCUAUAGGUGAAUUGGGUGAACAAAAUUGGCCGUAGUGUUUGAGUAUGUGUGUGAAUGUGUUUGGGUGUUUCCCAGUACUGGGUUGCUGCCGGAAAGGGCAUCUGCUGCGUAAAACCUAUGCUGAAAUAGUUGGCGGUUCAUUCUGAUAGUGACCUCUGAUAAAUCAUGGGCUAAGCUGAUGGAAAAUGAAUGAAUAAAUGUGGUCUUUUGAUAUUCAUAUUCAUAAAGCAAGAUUAAACAAACAAAAACAUAUUCAGGUAAAAUUCAAUUAUUUACAUGGCUUAUAUUAUAAUGCAUUGAGAUUUUAUGAAGCAAGAUCAUUGGUUUGUGCAAGAACUUUGAACAUAAUUACCAAGUCCCAGUCAUGAACUGAGUAAUUUGCUCACCUGUAAAUAACAUUAGUUGAUUUAUUAUAUCCUCUGAGCAUGGAUUAGAUCCUUUUAACAUUUAAAAAGCCAAUGUUACACCCGCUUCGAAUGUUAUCACUCGAUUGAAUGAGCGUUAUCAGUGGUUAUCAGCUGAUAGAUAUGGGCCAGUACAGGCCUUCUGCAUCUACUGGUAGGCUCAGAAGGCUGUUAUCAAUCCAUAUAGUUAAUCAGCUAUACUAAUAGAGAAAACUCCAGAUCCAGAUCUGUUUUACAUUACUGUGACGGUUGGGGUAGGGGUAGAUGUUAAUAAAAUACAAUUAAUGGGAAAUUUAAGAAAUAAUAUAAAUAAUUCUCAUUAACUUCCUUAGAGGAGGCUCGUUCUUUAUCCUCACUGCAGAUUGUUUGUUAAACUGUUUUCUCGCUAGUGAAGUAUUCAGUUUUUUCACUUACAAAGUCUGCUAUGUAAAUAGCAAAUGCGUCAUGGCACAAUGCAACUGACUCUUAAAGGGAAUAGGAGAUUAGACUUUGAUUGAUUUAAUGCACGUUAUGCUCAAAACACACCCAUACCUCAUUAAGUGAGUAAGCACAACCCUGUUAGACCAUGCACUGCGGUGCAGAGAGGUUAAUUAGCUAUACUAAUAAAGACUCCAGGUCCAGAUCUGUUUUUAGAUUACUGUGACGGUUGGGUUUAGAGAUUUAAUAAAUAAUAUAAAUAAUGAUCGUUUAUUACUUCUGGCCGCAGCCGUAUGUGAUUUAAAGCUGAUUUACCAUGUGGAUAGAAAAUAACAGCCUGCUAUUAUUAUGUAUUGCCUAUCAGUAAGCGCAGAAGGCCCCUACUGGCCCAUAUCUAUCAGCUGAUAACCACUGAUAACGCCUAUUGAAUCAAGUGAUAACAUUCGAACCAGCUGAAUGUUAUGAGUGAGGCAUAAAGACCCUUUAAAUGUUUUGUUUUCUUCCCCGUAGUUUAUUAUUAUUUUUAUUUUUUAGGGGUUUUCACCUUUAUUAUGAUAUAGGACAGUGGAGAUUCAGACAGGAAAGCAUUGGGAGCAGAGAGAGAGAAGGGAAAGAUUGGCAAAGGACCUCGAGCUGGGAAUCGAACUCAGGUCGCCGUGAGCACUUCUGUGCUAUAUGUUGGUGCACAUUACCACUAGGCUAUUGGUGCUGACUGUCAUAAUUUAUUGAAAUUUAAUUUGUUCUUUCUAUAUUUAAGUGUUUUACAUUGGAUUAGUCAGAUAGAAGGUAUUAAUCUUAUUUUUGGAUGUACUGUAUAUAAUGGUAGGUGAAGACUUGCAUUUUAUGAAUUACCAAGGACCACAGUUUUGGCUAAAACUCUUCUUUAUUGCUCUUCUGAACAAACAAGUCACCUGCAUCUUGGAUUGUCUGAGUAAAUUGACUGCAGAAAUUCAUGCUUGAUUGCACUUUCCCUUUAAGGAAAAGAAAACAUUCAGGUCUGAUGUGAUUUUAGGGUGCUGAAUAGUCCAUUUUCAUAUUACCUUUGCAUCAGUAUAUCAAAAUUGUUCAUUUAGAUGCUAGAGCACACUGUGUAGUUCAUCUUUAAUGACAAACAACAUAGAUUUCAGUCAAAAAGGUCUUCAUAUUUGCACUGCCAUAUCUGUUUCAUAAAACAUUUUUUGUGAACUGCGAUUAUAUUGGUUGCUAAGGCCAGUAUAGUUGCCAUCUUUAUCUUCUGGUAUUUUUGAAAUGAACAGACUGCAUAAUACUGUCCUUGAACCAAACAAACGCUGCUGUGUGCUUUGCUUUUUUCGCAAAUCACACUGAAUGAUUUCCCCCUCUGCGUGCUUCCAGUAGGUCAUGUGACUAUAAGAUCAGAGAUCGCCACCAAUAAGAAUGUGCCAUUGUGUUGCUUUGAGUGUUGUGCAUCUCAGUAUUGAUUCAGUGCAAAAUAGCCCAUGGGAACACACUGUGUGAUGAUGUCUGUUUGUUUUGACUUCAUGUGCUUCAGGUUGUCCGACAGUUCAGUCCGUUAGUUUGAAACCACUGCGUCACAGUGUAAUAUGUGCUGAGAGACGAUUGUAUCAUGUUACUGAUUCACUUUUGAGCUCCUGAAACGUACUAAAUAUGGCCAAUGGGGCUUAAUAGUUUUAUUUAAAGGGCAUUGUUAUGUAUAUGAAGUCUUUUACCUAUUACAUCACCUUUUGACAUUAUAGUACAAAUUAUAUCGGUCUCCAUAGGCAUCACAUAAUUAUAUGUUCUGUGAAGAGUAAUAAUAGCCAUUAUGAAAUGUUAUGGUGCCCAUGCAAGUUUGUUGUUUUCUAGAUCUUUUUGUGUGGUGCAGAGUAGCCAGUUUUGAAACUGAAGUAAAUUAAAAGAAAAAAAGGGUUCAUUAAAGCUAAACCUUGUUUAGUAAGUAAAGGCACGUUCAUACCAAGGACGAUAACUAUAUUGUUAACAAAACCAAAAGGCUCCAAAUUUAAAUAAAUAGCAGACUCAACAUCCCAAGCAUAAUGAUAUUGCACUGCAGAGUGAUUUCCCCUGGCUGAUUAACAAUAAAAACACAGUCAGAAUUUAUGUUGCCAUAAAGCUUGUACAUACUUAAAGAGGCAGAUCACAGUAAAGUGGUGUUCGAAACUAUGGAUGACUUACCAGGUGCGCUCUAAGUUACUUUGCAGUACUUUCCAUGUAAGCUUUGCAGACCUGACAACAACAAUAAACAAUCAAAUUUUGCAAAUCAGGAAGUGCACAUGAAGUGUGCCAUUUGGGAUUGUAUAUAUUCAAAGACUAGAAAUGACCCAUAAUGCAGUUGUGAGGGUUGUGCAAAAUCAAUGGACCCUUUUCACAUUUCCAGGUUUCUAAGUAGUGAAAGUCAUCAUAGUUGGGCUCAAACUAAACUUAGAGUGCAAUGAAUGGGAGAGUACAGCAAAUAAUGUUUUUGCAAUCCUGUGAGACUGAUAACGGCAGCCAGAAGAGAGAACAAUGCCAGAUUUACUGUCCUGCUCAUGCACUCUGCAUUUCAAAUGCCUUGCGCUAGCGUUAAUUCGUUAUUUGUAAUAGGAUGCAAAGAUGAUAUAAUACAUAAAAGAGGAUAAAAUAAUGCCUGUUGAUGUGUUUUUUUAAUAGAUAAUUUAUUAAAUAUUAAAAACUUUCGAGGAUUUAAGAUUCGUGAUCUUAAUGAUCGUUAAACACGUCAUAACAAUCUUGUGAAUAGAGUCCAUAGUUGCAUUAACGUAACCUCAUAGUUUCAAGAUUCUGGCUAGUAAAACAGUGAAACGUUUCUUCAAAUUCUGAAUGGGGAAUUUUCAGAGAGCUACAAUUUGUACCACAAGACCUCAAAAGUCAUUCAUUUGUCCCCUUUUUAAGAAUUCGAAAAUGUGAACAGCCAACCUGAUCUCGAGAAAACGCAAGUAUUUUACGUUUGGUCAGUUUAGUGGCUAAUUCAUAUGAAUUUAGUAAUACGAGUUCGGUCACACCCAACCCCACCCCUAAACCCAGCCGUCAUUGGGUGAGGAGCAAACCGUACUAAAUUGUACAAAUUAGAUCGUAGUAAUUCAUAUGAAUUAGCCACUAAAUCAAAAAGUUCCGAAUUGUGGUGAGAUUGCGUUGUAAAAGCUCAAGGUAAAAACUACCACUUUAAGCAGUACUAAACUGCAGUGGAAAUGCAAACUGUACCAAGCAAAACAAACCAUACAACACAGUGGAAAAUCAGCUUUAGUCUUUCAAGUGGACUACAUUAGUGGACUAUUAUAGCAAACAAUGAACAUUCGAACAACGAACAAUCCACUUUUUUUGGAAACAGGCUCAUUUAACAACUCACCUUAAACAUUUUUAAUCCAAUUAGGUGAUGCAUAAUAUUAUUGCACCUGCUGCAGCCGUGGUACUGCAGCAAAGUUUCUUGAUCUUUAUGCCAGAAUGAGAGUAUAUUUCCUAGCCAUAUCAGCCUAGAAAGAAACAACUUUUCAGUUUCCGUUAGUCUGUCGAUGUAACUACAGAAGAGUCAAGCUUUAAAUAAAAAAAACUUUUUAUUUAAAUGAGAUGCUAAUGGUCUAAUCUAAUUCAAUGAUUUUUGCUAAGCUAAGCUAAGCUAAAAGUGUGUCUGCCAUACCCGGAGAUCAUCUGAAUGGCUUCAAAAAUGGUAAAACAACUGUUUAACUCUAGGGAAGUUGUAAAAUUUGCAUAUAUCCAUAAAAGUGUAGUUUUCCUUUAAAGUUUUAUCAGUAUAGUUAUGGUUAUUGGUGUGAAUGAGUUACUGGUGUUAUCUGUGAUUCACGGGCACGACUAUGUGAGAUUUUCCCUUCCAUCCUGCUUCAUAACAUAUUUUAUCCUCUCAGGGAACUUGCUCUCAUUUCACUUUCUGCUAGAAGCACAAUUAAAACUGAAAUCUUGUUAGCGCAGAGGCUUCAAUAAUAGGCAGAGUAGCAUUGUCUCUUUACCCAUUGCGAGUCGUGUCUGUUUCAUUUUGCAGCCAAUCUCCUUUUCUUGAUUACAUGUUGUGUGUUUACCCAGGUUUUUUUUUUUCAAGAUCCCCAUAUUCACCUUCAGUCUUCAUGUGGGAGAGAUCUAGUUGGAGAAUCUGAUGUGUAGCGUGUGAGCCACAUGAUUUAUAGUGGGUCUUUACAAUUAGUGGAAUGUACUAUUUAUAUUGGAAGGAAGCAACUGUACACGCAAAUUGGCGUUUUUUAUAUAAAUGUAAAGUAUUUGAUCUUGCCAUUAUUUUUCUGUCCCCCUAGUUUCUUCUGAGGAGAAUCAUUCUCAAAUGAUCUGACUCUUUGUCUACUUGUCCAAAAUAAAUGUGAUUGUUCCGCAUCACAUCGUUCACUUGAAACUAUUUCAAGUUCUGGACUUUUCUUGAAUCCAGAUGUUUAUUAGCUAUUGGAAUAAAGAAUAAAAUUGUUGUACUCUGA